AUGAUUGUCUCUCAAUACUUUGUUACCAUUGACGAUUAUAUAAAAUUAGAAUGUGUUUGUAAAAAAUAUAAAUGUAACAUGGCAAGGUUUCAUUUCAACCCGAUUCAAAUAAACAAAAAGACAAUUAAAUACUUUCCAAAUAUCAAAACAUUAAAUUUGUGGUCUUUUGAUGAUGAAAAUUUUGGUAACAAUUUAAUUAUACCUUUUCCAGAAGAAAAAAUAGUUUUCUUUAAAAUUAAUAUAUGGUUUAGGGUUGGCUGCUCUGUGGCUGAACUACACGAAAACACAAAUAUUUCAUUUAAAAAUAUCAUAUACUUAAAGAAGGAAAGAAAACUCGGAAUUGAAAUGUCAAAGAACACCAACGAAUUGGCAAGCAACUGUUUUCAAGACUCAAAAAAAGUAGUACUACAAAUACCCAAUAGUGUCACGUCUAUUGAAAACUGUUGUUUUAUGUGUUGUAAAUUGUUGACUUCUAUAACUCUAUCAAACAAUUUACAGUCGAUUGGAGAUUCUUGUUUUGAACAAUGUACGUCACUAGUUAAUAUAAAUAUUCCAAAACGUGUUAACAAAUUUGGUGUUCAAAGUUUUGACCAUUGUUUAUCAUUAAAGAAAAUAACUAUACCACAUUUAAUUAAAGAAAUUCCAGAGAAAUGCUUUUAUCAAUGCGCUUCCCUAAAAAUUGUUCUUCCAAACACUCCUAUUUUAUUAAAAGAUCAGUGUUUUGAUGGAUGCAAACAUGUCGUUUAUCAAAAGUAG